AUGGCUGAUUACGGUCCACGUGCCCCUCAUGGGCCUGAUAUGUCCGGCACACACAACCCGCUGAUGGAUAUGGAUAUCAAUGAGAAGGGUGCCUUCGACAGCUUGAUUCGUCCCGAGGACAGCUACAGCCCCGAGGGUGUCUACUGGGCCGAUAUGCCAUUGGGCCAGAAGAUCAAGUUCGUCAGCUCAUAUGAUGCUGGCGAGGCCCGUCGCGAGUUGAGUGGCAUUUGGGAUAUGAUGAAGGAGGACCCUCUCUCGCCCGUAUCCUACUACUUCCGCAACAUGGUUCUGCCCGGCGCCGGUCUCGGUCUCGAGGGUUACGUCCUGUUCUCCAUUGGUAACAUUAAGCCGCUCUUCCAAAAGACUUUCCCCGAUUGCUGGAAGGACAACCUGAUCUGCGACAAGCAAUGGUUGAAUGCGGUCGACUAUCUGGAAAUCAUUGGUAUUAUCGUUGGCCAGAUCUUGGUCGGUUUCGUUGGUGACUGGAUUGGCCGUCGUUGGGGUCUGAUUCAGGAUGCCACCAUUAUGUUUAUCGGUUUGAUCAUGUUGACCGCCGCCUGGGGUGUUACUCAGAACGGUUGGGUGAUUUGCUAUGCCUGGUCUCUCUUCUUCUACAGUGUCGGCGUUGGUGGCGAGUACCCCAUGACCGCCACCAGCGGUAUGGAAAACGCUGUUGGUUCUGGAAAGAUCUCAACUAAGGACGAUCGCCUCCAUCGUGGCCGCAAGGUUACCAGCGCUUUCCUCAUGCAGGGCUGGGGCCAAUUCUUCAACCAGGUCCUUCUGAUCAUCUUGCUGCUUUGCUUCCACCACGGCAGUGGCAACAACCCAUACUCGCCCGUUUCCACCCAAUGGACCUACCGCAUUUCCUUCGCUCUCCCCGCCGUCGGCACCCUGUGGCUUGUCUACUACCGUGCCUACCACAUGAAGGCCGCUAGCAAGCAACUCACUGCUGCUAAGAAGAAGGCCGCUGUCACCGGAUACGAUGUCGACUCUCUGCGUCUUACCUUCAAGUACUUCGGUCCUCGUCUUCUGGCCACUGCCGGUGGUUGGUUCGCCAAUGACGUCUUCUUCUACGGAAACAAGCUCUUCCAGAGUGAGUUUAUUGGAGUUCUGAGCCCUGGCUCUAGCUCCGUGAUGCCAACUUGGCUGUGGAAUUUGGUCAAUGUUGGUGUUUCUCUGGUUGGCUAUUAUAUGGCUUCUUUCUUCAUCGACAACAAGCUGUACGGCCGAAAGUGGAUGCAAACCGUUGGCUUCAUGAUGUGUUUCAUUCUCUUUGUCAUCCCUGGCUUCCACUACGAGUACUACACUCGCCCUGAGAACAUCAAGUCUUUCCAGACCAUGUACUUCCUCAGCUCCUUCUUCAACCAGUUUGGUCCCAACUGUGUCUCCUUCCUGGUUGCCGCCGAGGUCUUCCCGACCCCCAUUCGUGCCACCGCCCACGGUCUCUCCGCCGCGGCCGGUAAGAGUGGCGCCCUCCUGGCUUCCGUGCUCUACAACUACAUCGACACUCAGACCAAGUUCUACGUCGUUCCCUGGUUCGGCCUGGCCGGUGUUGUUCUGACUCUGGCUUUCCUGCCCGAUACCACCGGUCUGGACCUCAAGGAGCAAGAACGCCGCUGGCAAUUCCUCCGCCAAGGUCGUGAAGAGGACUAUCACGGCGCUGCUGUGCACCCCAAGCAUCUGUCCUGGUACGAGCGUUUCGUCCUGCGCAAGGGCCGCUACUACGAUGCCGAGCUAGACUACCAGCAAAAGGUCGAGGAAUACCGUGCCGAGUGGGAAGCCGCCAUGGCCCAGAAGGUCACCGAGAACGAGAAGGGCAACGAGGACAACUUCGAUGAUACCGAUGACUCUCUUCUUGAGGGCCACGUCCACACAUAUUUCCACCGCACCAGCCCCAUGUUCAAGGGUAUGGAGAAGCCAGCCAAGCACGACAACUUCGCUCUACCCCCGGCUGCGGAAUCGGACGAGACUUUCGCCAAUCAACAAGGACACAAUAUCUCCGGUGGAAGAAUGGAGACUAGCGAGCGGACGGAGCAUUUUUCCAGCUCGAAUGAGAAAUCUGCCCAACAAUGA